AUGCCGCUGCUAGACCUGGCCAACGAGCUGCUGGCAGCCAUCGCCUGGUUCCUCGACGCCGACGCCGACCUCGAUGCCCUCCUCCGCUGCAACAGUCGACUAUACCACCUCCUCAUCAACGAUCUGUACCGACAAAAUGCACAGUACCACGAGGGCUCCGCUCUCGUCUGGGCUGCCAAACAUGGACGCCUCGAGACUCUGGUGCGAGCCGUCGUCGCGGGCGUGCGCCUCGCCGACCACGUCCUCCUGCCCCUCGCCGCCGAAGGCGGUCACGCCCCGGUGGUCCGCUUCCUGCUCGAGGAGGGCGCCGAUGUCUCCGUGGCCGACGAGGGCGAAUGGCUGUCUCUGGGUGCCGCUGCGCGACAAGGCCACGCCAAGGUCGUCGAACUUCUGAUGGAUGCCGGCGCCGACCUCAACGCAGGCUACAUGGGCUGGACGCCGCUCAACGUGGCAGCCAACUCGGGUCACGUCGACGUCGUUCGAUAUCUUCUUGACAAGGGUGCCGACAUGGAGCACAGGAGCGACACUGGGUGGACGCCGCUCAAGUCGGCGGCAUGUAAUGGACACACGGCCACCGUCACGCUCCUCCUGGAGAGGGGCGCCGAUGUCCGGGCAGCCGCCGAUCGCGGAUGGACAGCGCUGCACUCGGCCGCCAACUCGGGCCACGGCGAGAUUGUGCAGCUCCUCAUCGAGCACGGCGCCGACCCCGCCCUUGCAACCGCGGACGGGUGGACGCCCCUGACGUUGGCCGCCGACAAGGGCAAGACAGAUGCUGUCAAGGCGCUGCUAAGCAAGGGCACCGAUAUUUCACUCGCCUGCGGCAACGGAUGGACGCCACUGACGCUCGCGUCCGACAGCGGGCAUGUCGACAUCGUCGGGCUGCUUCUCGAUCACGGCGCCGACGUCAUGUCACCCUGUAACCACGGAUGGACACCCCUGAGCCUGGCGGCCGGAGCAGACCGCGCGUCCGUCGUCAGGUUGCUCCUCGAGUAUGGCGCCGACGUGACCGCCACCAAUGACGCGGGGUGGUCGGCUCUGCUUAUUGCCGCGGAUAGGGGCCACCGGGACGUCGUCGAGGCCCUUCUCGCCCAUGGCUCCGAUGUCCAGGCACAUACACACAGCGGAUGGACUGCCCUGCAUGCUGUGGCCGAAAACGGGGAUGUUGAGCUCGCCAAGAUGCUGGUGCAGGCUGGUGCCAAUCCCAUGACGGGUAAUCGAAGCGGUUGGACCCCAUUCCACAUCGCCGCCCACAACAACCGCACCGACCUUGUCCAGUUCCUCAUGGGUCACCCGGGUACGGACUGUUUCCAAAAGGACAACAAUGGGAGGACCGCGGCGUUCCAUGCGGCCAUGAGGAACAGCGUGGACGUUCUUGAUGUCAUGCUAGCUGGAGCCAUGAACAAGGCGGACGUUGUGGACGUCGCGGACGACUAUGGGACGGCGGCGGUAGUUGCGGCAACACGAAACGGCCACGUUGCCAUUGUUGGCAGAUUACUUGCCGCUGCCAACUACGACAUGGCCUCGACCGAUGUGUUUGGACGCAGCUUGUUGUACUGGGCGGAGAGAAGCGGCAACGCCGAACUCGUGGCCAUGGUCAAGGAACAUGCUAUAAAGACGGGAUGCGAUGCCGAGGACCCUGCCGAGACGGUCGAAAGCCCUGUCAGGUGGGUGGAAGAUUCGUGCUGGUGCGAAGUCUGUACCAGGUGUACCGUGCUAGGAACGACGUCGUGGGAAUGCCCGCAUUGCGAUGAGGGCUGUUUCUUGAUUUGCGCUGAGUGCUACGAGUUUGGGAAGCGGUGUCGAGAUAACACGCACGACCUGGUGCCACAUUUCUGCAACCGGGUCGAGUAG